GUUAAAAAAGCAAAAAAAUAAGAGAAAAAUAUAUCUACGGAGUUCUUCAUUGGAAGACAACAGCAACUGGGAGGUGACAAAAGCACCAAUACCAAACAACUACAACAGAUUCAUCCAUCCAUUCAUCAAAACGAAAAUAUAUUUGCUACUUUCAUAAUUUACCAUAGUUCUGGACUAUCAUGUAUCAUCUGUUGAUGGUGUUACUCAGUGUAACUUUAGAUGCACUCAGUGUGCACUCGUCACUCAAUUUUGGAGCUGUACAGGGCCAAUGGCAAACUAACCAAACACAGUCUUUGCCAAUGCUGCUUGCCCACAUCAAGCGCCCACAGGCUCAGAAUGCCUCUUCAGGAAAAAGCCAGGCUGCACCCGACAUGUGCUAUGGAUACUAUGAUGUGAUGGGGCAGUAUGAUGCCAGUUUUAACUGUACCACAGGUACAUAUCGAUACUGUUGUGGCACAUGCCACUAUCGCUUCUGUUGUGAGCAUCAUCACAAGCGCUUGGACCAGGACAGCUGUACAAACUAUAACAGUCCAUUUUGGGCACGUGUCACCCAGCCUACCACUACCAGUGCUAACAGCAAGUUGAACAAUAACGGACAUGCAGAUCAAACCAAUAGCACCGUCUAUGUCAUCUGUGGUGUCAUUAGUUUCACCCUAGCCGUGGGCAUCGGAGUUAAAAUUGCCUUCAACAAGGCCUCACGGCGCCCACGGGGGAGAGAGAUUAAUGUGCCCAGGUGAGCUAAGAAGGCUAAAGCCUAGAAAUUGAAUUUACUCUGACACAGCAGGUGUAAGAUUUACAUUACAUUAAAAUUGUGAUAAAAUACCUCGCUGCUUUGAGAGCAUAACAAAUGCAUUACUGAUUAAAGUCCAAAACAUUCACAGGUACUUUUUAUCAACCAUUAAACCUUGAUUAGUCUCCCAAGUAGCCAUUCCAAAUGGAAUUUGCUUGUUCACUCCAUGUUCAACAAAAUUAUUAUUCAGACUAAAAAUGUCAUGCAUUCAUUUUAUAGUAUCAAGGCAAACUAGUACACAAAAACCAUGACAACUAAAAUUAUAUCGCUCGUCUUCACAUACAUUUCUAAACAAAACAGAAUUACCUACUCAUGCAUAAUCCACCACAUUUUACCACAAAAAGUCCAAAUAUACUUUAGCUGCAUGUUUAUUUUUUGACAAAAAUAAAACUAUAGUAUACAAUAUUGGUAGAGAAAAUAUUUCCCAUAUGCUAUAUCAAAAUACAAUUAGUUCACACUGCGGUAGAAAAUAUUAUUUCACAGAAUGGUACUUUUUGCAUAAAAAAGACGCAUAAAGUGGCUCUGUCAAGCAAAAACAAAAAUUUUGUAUUUCAUCAGGAUAAAAUCUUUAUGAAAUGCUCAUAAAGACUGUGUUGACAUUUCCCUGAAAAUCCACUUUUUCACAUUCACUAUCAAAAUUUAUCAUAAGAUAAAUUACAGACUACUUUGACUUAUGAUAAAUCCCUAACCUGACAAAACUGGACAAAAGGUGGAGCUUGAUCACAUGCAAAAGUACAGCAUAGACAUGAGCUUCUUGAAGAUGAAUAGCCAUGAGAUAAAGUUCAAUGAUGGCAAUGUCAGCGGGGGACAACAUCAGUUAAGUAUAACUUAACUUUUCUGCACCCACAGGCCACAACACCCCAAGCAGUGAUGUCACCGUCAGGGGUCUUUUCAGUUUUUGUGUAAUGUAUAAAUUUAGCAGUAUGCUAAAUAUAUGUACAACCUAGCAUGCCAGCUAUUAUCAGCAUACCACAUGUGAUAAAUCAACAGAAUGUAAGUAUUUGCUCCAAACUUCUGUCUUAUAUUUAUCUGAAUUACGCAACAUCAGUGAUUGGCAUAAUAAAUGGUAAGUUAACAUGUUUCAGAUUUGCUUAUAUGUAUAUAUAUAUAUAUAUAUAUAUAUAUACAAUAGAAAGUCCUUGUAGUGAUGUCCCGAACGGUUCGCUGGCGAAUAGUUCCUGGUGAACAUAGCGUGUUCGCGUUCGCCACCGGCGUCGAACAUAUGCGAUGUUCGGUCCGCCCCCUAUUAAUUUACUAAUACUAAGUAAAAAUUGCCGCGAGUAGGGGCAUGUCUAUUAAACAGUGAGCAGCCUGUGGCUGCUCACUGUUUAAAAAAAAAGGGUCCCCCCCAGGUGGGGGCCCUAAAUACUAAUAGGGGGGGGACCUAUUGUCCUCCCCCUGGCCCCCACCCCUGAGCGGUGGGUGGGGGCCCUAAAAAUACCAAUAAGGGGGGGGGACCUAUUGUGUCCCCCCCAGUCCCCACCCCUGAGCGGUGGGUGGGGGCCCUAAAAUGAACAAUAAGGCGCAGCGGGUGGGGGCCAUAUUGAUAAUGAGGGGGGGACCUAAUGGCUUGAAAUCCAUCCAAUCACAGUGCUCUGUGUCAUUUUACACAGCGUGGGAACAUUCCAAAGAACUUUCCCACGUUGUGUAAAAUGACACAGAACACUGUGAUUGGAUGGCUUGAAAUCCAUCCAAUCACAGUGCUCUGUGUCAUUUUACACAAUGUGGGAACAUUCCAAAGAACUUUCCCACGUUGUGUAAAAUGACACAGAGCACUGUGAUUGGAUGGCUUGAAAUCCAUCCAAUCACAGUGCUCUGUGUCAUUUUACACAGCGUGGGAAAAUUGAACUUUCCCACGCUGUGUAAAAUGACACAGAGCACUGUGAUUGGAUGGAUUUCAAGCAAUCCAAUCACAGUGCUCUGUGUCAUUUUACACAGCGUGGGAAAGUUCUUUUGAAUUUUCCCACGCUGUGUAAAAUGACAAAGAGCACUGUCAUUGGCUUCAACCCACCAAUCAGAGUGUUCUUAGCCUAAUUGCAGGGCGUGGCAAGGCUUUCCCCGCCCUGCAGAGCUAAGUCUGCGCAGAGCCCUCCAUGGGUGAAGAUGGGUUAUUUUUUUGCGCUCGGGUUUUUUCUUUUUCAUCGGGUUUUUUUUUUUGCGCUCGGGAUUUUUAUUUUAUUUUCAAUUCGACGGUUAUGAUGGUUUUUUAUUUGGCCUUUUUUGGGGCUGAAAAAUGAAGAUUUGAGAAAAAAGAAGACGUCGAAUGGUAAGUUUACUUUUAUUUUACAGGUUAGUUAUUUUAUUCCCCCCUCACUAUUUUUUAGGGUGAGGGGGGUAGGUAGGGACUUUUAUUUGGGGGUGGGUGGGUGACUAGGGGCUUGGGGACCCCUAGUCACCUUGGGGGGGGGAAUUUACUUAGGGCCCCCACCCGCAGCCCAGGGGUGGGGGCCGGGGGGAGGACAGUAGGUCCCCCCCUCAUUAUCUUUAUGGCCCCCACCCGCCGCCCAGGGGUGGGGGCCGGAGGGGGGGUGGACAGUAGGUCCCCCCCAUUAUCAAUAUGGCCCCCACCCGCCGCGCAGGGGCCAGAAGGUCCCCCCCUCAUUAUCAAUAUGGCCCCCACCCGCCGCGCAGGGGUGGGGGCCUGGGGGGGCAGUAGGUCCCCCCCCCUUAUUAUCAAUAUGGCCCCCACCCGCCGCGCAGGGGUGGGGGCGGGGUGGACAAUAGGUCCCCCCUUAUUUUUCAUUUUAGGGCCCCCACCCACCGCUCAGGGGUGGGGGCCAGGGGGGACAAUAGGUCCCCCCCUUAUUGUUAUUAGGGCCGCAGGGGGGGACAAUAGGUCCCCCCGUUAUUGUUAUUAGGGCCCCCACCCACCGCUCAGGGGUGGGGGCCGGAGGGGGGCAGUAGGUCCCCCCCUCAUUAUCAAUAUGGCCCCCACCCGCCGCGCAGGGGUGGGGGCCGGGGGGGGGCAGUAGGUCCCCCCCUUAUUAUCAAUAUGGCCCCCACCCGCCGCGCAGGGGUGGGGGCGGGGGGGACAAUAGGUCCCCCCUUAUUUUUCAUUUUAGGGCCCCCACCCACCGCUCAGGGGUGAGAGUAGGUCUCCUCCCCCCCCUUCAACCACUAAAGAGUCCCUGUGGGUUUUAAAAUUCGCCUGCCCAUUGAAGUCUAUGGCGGUUCAUCGAGUUUGCGAACAUUUGCGGAAGUUCGCGUUUGCCGUUCGCGAUCCGAAAAAUUCACGUUCGCGACAUCACUAAGUCCUUGCUCUCAGGCUACGAGUAUAAAUAUGUAUACUUGCUGGGUGCUUAGCCUGGGACUUUAAUAUCCAGAAAAAGGUAGUGAUGGCACACUCACGGUCUUCAGUAAAAUUCUUCUUUAUUAGGCAAGGUUAAAACAUGUCCUUUCAUCAGGAUCAAACAUGUUUUAACCUUGCCUAAUAAAGAAGAAUUUUACUAAAGACCAUGAGUGCUGCCAUCACUACCUUUUUAUAUAUAUCCUCUCUCACCUUACCGUUGCUGGUCUGACGAGUCACCCCUCUCACCACUCCCUCUAUUAAUAGCACCCUCUAAGGUGGGCCCACUUUUAUUACAGGCCUACUGCUUUGUCGGUUCCGGCACACACUUAUUUUUGUUAUGGUUAUAAUAUGCUAGGUUUCUGUUUUACGGCUAUAUUGCCCCAACUACAUAUAUAUAUAUAUAUAUAUAUAUAUAUAUAUAUAUAUAUGUGUGUGUGUGUGUUAAUUUUACAAACCCAGUUUUAGCAAAUGUAUUAAGCAAAAUGUCCAUUACUGAAAAAAACAAGCACUUUAUGUUGAAUAAUCAGUGUCAUGACUUUCCAAACUUUAAUUACGUUAUUCUUGGUUCAUUAUACUAGAUGCUGCUGAACAGGCGAAGUAAUACAAACAGAAGAUGACAAAAUAUGAAAAAUAAAAAAAAACUGAAUUUAAAGGGAUGCCCCAGGUUAUGGUAGCAUUGUUUGUAAAUACUAUAUAGAGCUGCUGCUUUAAAAAAACAACAACCAAAAAACAUAAUAUAAAUGAAUGUGUCUUCUUGGCAACAAACCCCAGGAGCAACGUCUGUGGUGAUGCCCAAAGAAACCAGUAAAUGGCUUCAUGCCUAAUAAUAGGCAUAAACUGCCAAAUAAUGCAAUUACCAACAGUUGAUUUAGUGUGUCCUACCCUUUAAGCCUCAUGCUGCAAAUGGCCUGUAAGAGUGAGGAGGAUCAACGUUCCUUUCUCUGUUAAAAGUGGCCUGGGGUUGUCAGCUAUGCAAUCAUGGCACACGCAGUUCAAGGAAGUGCAAUGGGAUGUUUAACAAUGAUUCUUUUCUAGAUGUAGACUUGACAUUUUAUGUAAAUGCCCAUAUCUCUGCAACCAAAUGUACUAGAUAACCCAAUUAGCUCUUGUUUAAAAUAAGAUAAUGCCUUCUUUAAAACAAAUGUAGACAUGGUGUACCCCAAGAUUAAAAUAAACAAAGCUACAUAUUUGUGUUAGUUACAAUAAUGCCCUCUUACAAACUGCUCUCAGAAAUCUGGGCUCAUUAGACACCAGUACCAUAUUGAUGACAAGAUUAGAAUACUGUCAAAACACUUAUUUUAAUAUUUGGUUUAAAAUCUUUUAAAUAAGGGUUUUGGGUCUCAAGUGAUUUCUGAGGAUAAUUGAUAUCAUUUUCAUCAACAGAGCCCCAGUUUAAAAUACAUAUUUAUUUUCAACGGGGUUAGGAUAUCACUUUCGUUCUGGAUUUCGCAGUACAGUCCUGAUUAGGAGCUUGGCCACCAGACCAAGUUUGUUUCAGGGCUCCUGAGGACUCAUUUACUGCAACACAAAUACCUCCUAAAACACUUGAGUUUGCUAAAGUACGUGCAAGCUAUUCAUCCCAUGUAAGAGUAUACUCAAUCCCCCUUUUAGCCUAUUUCUUGGCAUACCAUACCACCUCCUAGAUUUUUAUUUCCAAAUUUUGGGAAGUAUGAUUAGCAAUGUAAUUGGCUUCUCAAUUAAAGGGAAACUAAUUUUCCGGGCACUAUAGCUUCCCCCUGUGUCAAGGGAAAAUUAGGUGGGGCAGUUUUGGACUCGCGAUAGCCCCUACAAAUGUUCACCAGACCCUCUUACUAACAUAUGAAAGGCCAAAUAAUGCCCAGUCCACUGUAAUCUUAUAUAUAUACAUAUGUAUAUCUUAUAUAUUAAUACUAUCUUUAAAUCUCUUGGUUCAAAUACCUUUAAAGGAAUACUAUUGUAUUCCUGACCCUGUAGUGUUAAAAACAACAUCAUGCCCCCCUAGCAUCCACUUAAAUAUAGUAACAUCUUACUUUUAUUCUAACUUGCUGCUGCUAGCUCUGCCCCUGUUCUGUCUACUUGGCUGACAUCAUCAGAAGUGUUGAGGAGGCAAAUCAGUGGCGUGGCAAAGCCAGGACAAGUCAAACAAAGCCCUGGUCAAUCAGCAUCUUCUCAUAGAGAUGUAUUUAAUCAAUGCAUCUCUAUGAGUAACUUUCAAUGUCUCAAUGCAGAGAGUAGAGACACUGAAUAUCAGUGCUGCACACUGUGCAACACUGCCUCAGGAAGCACCUCUAGUAGCCAUCUGAGGAGUGGCCAGUGGAGGUAUCCCUAGGCUGUAAUUUAAACACUGUAUUUUCUCUAAAAAGACAGUGUUUACUGCAAAAAGCCAUAAGAAAUACAAUAAUCUGUUGUUGUUCUGGUCACUAUAGUGUCCCUUUAAACUGGCACAACAGAGGCAGGGCCGCCAUGAGGCAGCCUGGCCAUUCAGGCCCCAUGUGUAGUGGCGGAACAGCCGCCGGUGCAGCUGCACCAGGGCCUGCAUGCCGAUGGGGUCCAUUGGGUAGUCCAUGCACACUGUCCGCGCUGUGGCCGUGUAAUAGGGCGACCGAGCCCUUUUAAAAAUGUCAGCUGCAACUAGUGCUGGGAGAAAAAUAUGAACUGCAACUAGUGCGCUCACUUCACACGGAAGGGAGAAAAUACAGAUCAGAGGCCGUGAAGAGGGAGAGCUAGACCGGCUCCCAUCAGCCCCAGCCACCCUUCUGCAACGAAAAGAUAAAAACAGGAGGGUGGCUGAAAAAUGAGCUGCAUGUGUGUGUGUCAUUGUGUACAUAUGUAUGUGUGUCCAUGUCAGUAUGUGUCAGUAUGUAUGUGUGUGUAUGUAUUUAAGUAUGUGUGUGCCAGUAUGUAUGUGUGUGUGUCAGUGUGUAUGUGUGUGUGUAUGUAUGUGUGUCAGUAUGUAUGUGUAUCGCAAAAAUGGUGAUAGGAGCCGCACUCAAUCCCAGUAGCCACCCGGUGCUCCGGGGUAAUACCAGCAAUCCCACAACGACAAAGGAGUAAGAAAUUCUCCAGGAACUCAAGGUGUUAAAGCCACAGGCAGUUUUAAUAGAACAAAAGAAGCAACUAAGUUCUUUUAAAACUGCCUGCGGCUUUAACACCUUGAGUGCCUGGAGAAUUUCUUGUGCUGCUUAAUAUGUAUGUGUAUAUCAGUAUGUAUGUGUGUGUGUCUAUAUGUUAGUCUGUAUGUAUGUAUGUCAGAAUGUAUGUGUAUAUAUGUAUCUUAGUAUGUAUGUAUGUGUGUGUCUGUAUCAUACAGACAUAAAUAUACAUUCUGACAUACAUACGGAAUGUAUGUAUGUCAGUAUGUAUGUGUGUUUGUAUGUCAGUAUGUAUGUAUGUGUGUGUCUAUAUGUCCUUAUACAUGUGUGUCUGUCUGUAUGUUAGUAUGUGUCUGUGUGUCAGUAUGAAUGUCUGUGUGUGUCUUUAUGUGUGUGCAUGUUUGUUUCAGUAUGUGUCAGAAUGUCUCUGUGUGCAUCUUUGUAUGUGUAUAUUUUGUGUCCUUUUGUAUAAGUGUGUGUAUCUGUGUCUGUGUGUGUAUUCUGUGUCAAUGCUUGAGUGUCUGUGUCUGUGUGGGUAUAUAUGCGUGUGUUUAUCUCUGUGUCAAUGUGUGUAUCUGUGUGUCUGUGUAUUUGCAUGCGUGUCAGUGUAUGUGUAUUAGUGUGUGUGGAAGUGUAUACGCAACACAAAUUCACACCUGCAUUCAUACACCAACAUUCACACACAUAUUCCAUACAAAAACAUGCUUACAUUCAAACAAAUUAUGUGUGUGUAUAUAUAUAUGUAAUAUAUAAUAAUAUAUGUACAUAUAUAUAAGAAAAAAUGAAAACUUUUGCACUCCUACCUCCAGCCAAAGUGAUUCCGGGUGCCCAGCCACACUGUUACAUACAUUUUUAUACAAUUUCUGAAUGCUCAUUUAGUGUAUUUUUCUCUGGUGCCAUAUCUUCCCCAUAGAAAAGUGUAAUAUCUUCAUAGGCUUCAAAGAAUGCUCUCUAAUUUGUCUACUCCUUUUACAGAAAGCAACAUUAAAAAAUUAAAAAAGGUCCUUCUUGAUACUUGUAUUCUGUAAAAAUGUUAUGUUAUUAUCACCAUUUCAGAGCUCUUGUGGAUAUUCUAAGACACCAGUCAGUUCAAGGGAGCCACGGGGAAAGAAAUAAUAGCACAACUCUAAAUUCAGGAACACAUGAUAAUGGGCCAUCACGUCCACCAAAAAACACUUACAACCCAGUGAAAUCUUCAAAAAGCAACCAUGGUGAGUAA